AAUGGCGUCGCUAUGUGUGAAAAACAGAUAAUCUAUCACACAACCACAACACCGCGCCUUUGAAUGAACAACCGCGAGCGAAUGAAAACAAGAAAGUUGCUACCGUACCGCGAUACAUCGGCCCAAGUUAUUGUUUGCAGUGCAAUAUGUUUUCCUUUGUAAAUUUGUCGCUAUUGAUUGUCGUUAUGCUAUGUACAUUUGAGUUUGCUGAUAGUGGGCUAUGGUCUUGGUUGUUUAGUAGUAAAUCUAAUAAUAACGUGGGGAAGACGAACGCCCCAACCAACACUGAUACUUUAGGAGCUCUUAUUCACUCUGACUCGGUCAUUCCGUUUGAGAUGACAUCAGAAGACGAGAAGUUUCUAGCAGAGGCUAAAAAUGCCAUGCAAUUAUCAGAACUUGAUUCUUGUCAUCACAAGAUAAUCUUAGAACUCCAGUCAGCCUGCAGUCACAUGUCGGAAGAUGAUAUUGCGAAGAUGGGAGUCGCUUUACUAAAUUGCCAGUCAGUGGCAGAAGGAAGAAAAACAUACCGGUGCUCACGUGACAUGNNCUUACAGGACUGCACCAUCAACAUGGACCCUAACACGUGGAACGCCUACCACAUCGUGAGCAACAGAGCGCGCGCCGUGUGCUACGUCGUGCGUCAGCAUCAGUUCCAGCUCAAGACUGAGUUUGCUGUCAACAAGCUGGUGCACGCAACUCAGGGUCAACUGCACGCCAUGAGCAACUUGAAGGAAGAGCAGCAGGAGAUUGGAAGGUCGGCGGCAGCUACGCGUGAAACAAUAGAACAGAGCUAUCAGCAGUUGUUACUCGGCCAACAUCACGUGCAGUCGCGGGUGAGCAACAACCUGCGUGACCUGACCAGAGAAAAGUCGCUCAUAGCUGCUGGACACAAGGAACUCGCCAUGCUGGCCGACGAAAUCAAAGACAAGUUGGAUAUUGCCACGCAGGAGCUGCAAUCUCAGGAUGCCGACAGAAAGAAUAGCCACAAAGAAAUACUCAGCGAUCUCGCAGGGGUCAGGACGAAAGCCAAGGAUGUCUGGGACAAAAUCGACGAGAGCGCGCGUCACGUGAAGCGUUACCGCGCGGAGACGGAGCGGCACUACCGCCGCACGCUCGACGACCUGCGGCGCUUCAACAACACCGUCGCCUACCUCCUAGCCAUCGUCAACGACACGCGCCGCGCCGUCGACGCCCAACUCGGCUGGCUCGUCCACGCCGUCGGCACGACAGAGGACAGCGUCGCGGCGUUGUCGACGUGCGCGCUUCACGUCUGCUACUUCCUCCUGGUGGCGGUGAGCGCGUCGCUGCUGCAGACGCCCGUUCUCUCGCGCGUCGUCUGCCUGCUGCUCGUCCCCCUCAACGCCGCCGCCGAGCUGAAACACAAGAGCAGCCUCGGCUUCUCGGCGAUGACCCUCUUCAUCGCGCUCACCGUGCUAGCUAAUUGGUUUGUAAAAUUUCUGAUGAGUAUUGCCUGGUGGAUAAGUCAUAGGAAGUCAACAUUCUUCCCUGCAGAUGGCGCCGAUACUAACAGACACAUGGAAUCGAUGAACAUUCUCAGGGUUAAUAGAACAAAGUUGGAUGACACCAAUUCAAGUCUGCUAAUUGGAAUGGAAAAACACGUCGAAAAAAGCCCAACGGGGCUGUCGGCCGUGCAGGACAUCUCUACCGUCGGAAGACUACAGAGAUCGCCAUCGUUGCCUGCCCUGCUCGACUGUAGCGAGCUGACAGGCACACCGCCGCCAACGCCAUCUACUGGCAUCGAUAUCUGCUUCACGGAUUCAGAGAUGGGCGACACUCCCAAGCCGACAGCCGUGAGCUUCAUGGAGAAGCUUGCCAAUGCCAGUUUCUCUAGCACACCGCUGAAGCCCGCCGCGGCAAAGCGCCACCUGUUGGAAUCUUUAGAAAGAAGCCUCUUUGCGGAAAACGUUGCCGGCAGAGUCAAGAGGAGGUCGGUGGGUAGAAGUCUAAGCAUGAGCGCCGUCAGGUCACCCUCAAGGUCGUCGAUCACGGGCAUUCCCAGGGUGCACUGCUCGGCGACGACAAAGGCCGGCGCCCCGUGUAAGCUGCUGGCAGUCAGCGGGAAGGAGCGAUGCUUCCACCACAUCGGGGAUCACGAGUGAUAGAUUGAUCGGUGACGGUCUUAUCAGAAACCGGUGUCGUGGAAUCCAGUGGAGUGUCUAACCAAAUAUCACGCGGGGCAAUACAGUGCAGAACUAGACGUAGCAAGUUCUGCGCGUCCGGUCUGCACGUGUGCACCGUAUUUAUGAAGUAUUAUUUUGUACACUUUUUGUGAAUAAUUUGUUUAUGUUUUUUUUUGCACUACACAGUGUCUGAUCUGUGCAUUUUUUUGUUACGAACUUGUCUCAGUUCUUGAGUUCACGCGUUGUGUUUGUCUGUCAUUAAUCAAAAUAGAUGUUUUUUUGAAAUGUUUUGACCUAAUUUUUCAUGCACUGUCCUAAUUAUGUUGUUUGCAGUAUGAUACUGUGUAUUGCAACUCCUUCUGAAUACUACAAAUUAAUUGAUCUCCAUACAAAGUAUUUACCACGAUAUGUUUUUAUAGUCAUAUAUUUACAAUAAAUGUUACCAGCGGUUUUUGAAAAAAAAA